AUGAAUGGUUUGAUGCAGCGUUCAAAGAUCCUCAAUGGCAUUGAGGGAAUGCGGCCGUCCUCUGCGGCUUCCACGGCACCAUCAGUUUGCACGCCUCGGGCCAAAGCAGCCGGAAAAUCCAAGGCAAAAGCCAAAGCAAAGGGGGCCAAAAAGGAACCCCGAGCAGCCAGCGCCAAAGAUGUCAUGGGACGUGUGGAGAAGACACAAAAACUUCUUCAGAAGCAUGGAGUGUUUGACAAGAAGAUCGAGGAGUUAGCAGACCGUGCUCGACACGAUGCAAACCGAUCGCCUUGGCCGGUGCUCCACUUGUCGAGCUGGAUUAAAACCGGGAUGGAGGCUGACCAGUUUGCAGGGUUCUUCCUUCUCAAUGGCUUCAAGUUAGACAACUUGGUACAGGCUGAGGACAACCUAGAGCUUUUUUGGGACAGGCUUCAGAAAUAUCCCAGGGGACUUGGCAAAGGAUCAGAUUGUGCACUGGUGGCUGGCUGGUUGGAAACCAUUCUGACUCCACUAGACCCUGCAACUGUACCUGCAAAAUGUCGUGACAUGGUCGUCGUGGCAAAGUGGGGGAUCAGUGCAACGGGUCAGUUUUUUAGAACCCUGUACCAUGGAGAUUUAUGGCUUUCGCGUAGCGAAGCGCAGACUGCUGUCUCUUCUGGGUUCGACAUGCUU